ACAAGGGAGAGACUGAGAGAGAGAGAGAGAGAGAGAGAGAGAGAGAAAGAGAGACUGGAAGAGAAAAAGUGGAGUUUGGACGAGAGGUGCACUCUCCACACACACUCACACACACACACACACACACCAGGAACCCUGGGACGAGAGAGAGAGAGAGAAAGAGAGAGAGAAAGAUUGACGGAGGAGGGACAAGACAGCGUUGUGGCAGCGCGUGCGGCGGUUAAACCACACACGCGCUCUGUCUCUCCUACAGAGCACUGUCUCCCUCUCUCACACACACACUCUCUCUGACACACACACACACACACGCACACACACACACGCUCGCGCGCGCUGAGAACAUGGAGCGUCCGUCGGCGUCUCCAGCACGCGACCAAGCCGGAGAGCUGCGCGCCUAACGGAUUAUGGAGAGCAGUAUGUUUCUGGGUAGUGUGUGUCAGGGUGGCUUGGUGCCGGCUCUGGUUCGAGCUCCUCUCCCCCAGGUUCACUCGUCUGUGGGCCUGAAGCACUUCCUUCCCUUCUCACUGGAGGCGAGCCCCGCCCUCAGCCUGCUGCCCACAUUCAGCUCUAUGGACCCGGUUCAGAAAGCAGUCCUACAUCACACAUUUGGCAUCUCUCCUUUGUCUAAAAGGAAACACGUCUCCUGCAACGUGUGCCAACUGCGAUUUAAUUCACAGAGCCAAGCGCUGUCCCACUACAAAGGCACCAAGCACGCCAAGAAGCUUAAAUCUCUGGAAGUGCCCAAGUGCAAGCAGAAAAGCUCUGCGGUAAUGAGGGAAAACAGGAAGGAGCCUGAGAAGAACCUCUCACUUUCCGCUCCACCGAGCAUCACCGAGAGGAAAGAAGCAAUUCCUGAUCCAUUAUACCCGGCAAUUCCUCCAUCUCCAGCCAAGUGCAGCUCCAGUGUGGCCUCCUCCGAGGUCGAGUUUACCUCAACAGAAGGACAGAGUCCAGACGUCACUCCUGGAGCAGCCGAGGACCCCGAAGCCGAGAAGGAGACGGAGGAGGAGAAAGCUUUGCGUCUUCUUUACUGCUCGCUUUGCAAAGUCGCUGUCAACUCAGCAUCCCAGCUCGAAGCUCACAAUAGCGGCACCAAGCACAAGACCAUGUUGGAAGCGCGGAAUGGUAACGGCUCCAUCAAGUCCUUCCCCAGGCCAGGGGUGAAGAACAAGCUACUGUCACCUAGUGCUGCAUCGACGGGCCUGCAGAACAAGACAUUCCACUGUGAAACAUGUGACGUGCAUGUCAACUCAGAGACACAGCUCAAGCAGCACAUCAGCAGUCGGCGCCAUAAAGACAGAGCAGCCGGAAAACCAGCCAAGCCCAAGUACAGCCCCUACACCAAGACCCCAAAAGGACAGACCAAACAGCAAAUAGGAAAUACACCAGUGAAGCUGCCUCUGAGUAAGGACGUGGGCCAGCCGCUGACCGCCGCAAUAGUGCCCUCUCACUUGGCAGCCGUUGCCGCAGCAGCCGCCGCCUUCCCACUUCGCGCCAGCCAUAACCCAUCCCUUUUCCAGACUCAAUCUCUCCCCACAACACUUCUUCGCCCUGCACCUGGGCCCAUUAGGACCAGCCAUGCGCCGGUACUAUUUGCUCCCUACUGACCUCCGAACUGUGACUUCGGAUUAAGUCUGACACACCAUCUCAGCGCUAAUUUAAUUGUGGUCCAGUCGUGUGGAUUAUUGCCUUUUUUUUGUCCAUCAUCACACAAGAAUCCUGUAUGGAUCUGAUGUGUGAAACUAUACCGCAAUAAUUAAAAAGACAAACCAGGUAACUAUGCAUUGUCAUCUCCAUAUGACACACUGACUCUAAGCUAUAAAUGGAUUUAGGGAUAUAUUGUUGGGAGGAGGUUUGGUCUUGGUCAUGUCAUUGCUUUUGGAAAAAAGAAAAAAAAAAAAAAAAAGAUUUUUAUGUAUGAGAUAAGAGAGGUUAAAGUAUGAGAAAAUAAGUUCUACUGCUCAGCUGUUUGCACUUUAAGCCCUUCCUUCUGUGGAUGUCUUCAGUGCUUUAGAUCAGUAGAACGUGGUUUAUUCCUUGUUUUUAUUUGUACGUACGUGCAUUUGGUGUCGUGUGAAUGGAAAAUUGAGUGAAAAGUGAAUUACUGCUGAUUUAUUACCUGUUAAGCAAAGUGUGUGUGUCUGUGUGUAUGUGUGUAUGUGUGUGUACACGUUUGUACAUCCCUUGAAGUUACCCAUGCAGGUCACAAGGAUGGUAGAGUAAAGCUCGUCUAUCUCAUCUAACAAUGUGAAAACAACGAAAGAUUUCAAAUAAAGUCUUACUUUGCUAA